AAUGGAGUCAAACUUCAUUUAUCAAGACGUGGUAAUGCUCUAUUGUAUCCUAAGAAAAAAACUCUCCAAAAAGAAAUGGAGACUAUUUUUAUAAGCCGAAGUUUCAAAAUGCGUUCAGCUUUUCCGAGGUCUAAGUUCGGAAUUAUAAAAAGAAAUGAAACUACUAAUGCUGCUAGUGCUCUAACCAAAAGUAGUAAACCACGUAGAAUUUGGCUAAAGUUAUUAGUUGUAUCUGUUGUUUCGCUGGCUGGCGGAACAGCUCUUAUGAUUUUAGAACGCAAAAGAGCGGCGGCAGAAGCAGAAAAACAUGGAAUGAAAGAAUUAAUAGCCUGUGGUCCGACGGGAGGUCCAAAAAAUUUACCUAUAGCGAUACACUUAACUGAUGAGAUGGAUUUCGAAGCCGAUAAACCGAGACUUGUAAUAUUAGGAUCUGGGUGGGGGGCAGUCUCGGUUUUGAAAGAGCUAGAAAAAGAUAAAUUUUAUGUAACAGUGAUUUCUCCACAAUCCUUAUUGGAACCCAUUCGAAGCAUCUUAAAAAGAAUUCAUGGACAUUUUAUGGAGGCAAAGGCCACCGAUAUCGAUUUUGACAAUAAACUGGUAGAAGUACGAAGUGAUGACUCUGAAAAAUCUUUCUAUGUCCCAUAUGAUAAGCUUAUUAUUGCUGUUGGCUCACAAUCAAUGACUUAUGGAGUUGAAGGAAUUGAAUAUUGUCACUUUUUGAAGACUAUCAAUGAUGCUCGGAAACUUCGUAAAACUAUUAUGGAUAAUUUAGAAAAAGC